AUGGAGGAGUUGAGCAGAGAGCAAGAGGAGGAUGAGCUCCCCAUGUACCAAGAGCACUACAAUGCUCUCUUCUCCAUGGACUUUGUGGAGACCAAGUACCCACAUGAUGACACAAUGAAGGCCCUUGGAAUCUUUGAGAUGUGGAGUUGGUCUCAAGAACAUGCACUUGGCCAAGUUCUUCUCUUAUCACAUGGAGUCUACAAGGAGCUCACUUGUGAGUUCUUGGCUUCAAUGAGGUACCACAUGUAUGAGAGGAAGAUCGAGCUGAGUUGGACCAAGGAUUGGGAUGGAUCACGUUCUUGGCUAAGGGAGAGAAGAGAAUGGUGA